AGCAAUGCUGACAUAAUGCGGUGUCUCUAGUUUUGAGGAGAUAGAACUAAUCUAUAAGCUUGGUGUGAGAAGAUAACGGCAACAACUGCCUGUACUUAGUUUAUAUACAUUUAAUUAGAAAUCCAGCCUUUGUAGAGGAAAGGAAUCCUAGGUUGUGAGUAUGGACAGCUGUUUCGAGGUGAAUGCUACAGCAACGCGCUCUUCUGCUGCCGUUUGCCGUAGACGGUGGCCGGGAGGGCCGUCCGCCAUGGACCCGGUCAGUGCGCUGCUGGAGGAGGUAGCGCUGGAGGGGCUGGACGGCAUCACCCUCUCCACGCUGUGGUUCCGCCUGGACAGCCGCAUCCCCGCCUUCCCGCUGCAGCUCGACCAGGCCACACGGCAGUUCCUUUGGGAGGCCGUUGUCAGCAGCCCCGAGCUUGCGUUCUACGAGCUGCCCGAGCCGAGGCCGCCGCUGGUGUUUUAUGACAGAUAUGAAGAAAUUGAUCCAGAGACAGGAAUUCAAGAGACCCGGAGGGAUCCCACACCACGGGAUGAUAUCUAUCCCGUUUGCAUCAUUUCUGACAACAAGGAUGGAAUUCAGGGCUCCUGUCAGCAUUUUAAAAAGCGAAAGAAUUUAACAGCAGAAGUGAGGACUCAGCAGUAUGAACCAUGCUGUUCAUUGGAUGAAGCCAUAGAAAGGUGGGGAGAAAAACUGGUCAUGGUUGCUUCGCAAACGAUGCGCCAUCGAACUCUAAUUGGAUGGGAAAAUGAUCCAGAGUUGAGCCUGCCUGACUAUUCCUAUUGUAUAUUAGAGAGGUUGGGUAGAGCGCGAUGGCAGGGGGAACUGCAGAGAGAUCUGCACAGUGGAGCCUUCAAAAUUGAUGCCCGUAAAAUGCAUUAUCACAGAAGAGUGCUUGACAGAAACUGUUUGAUUACUCUACAGUCCCACGUUAUUCGCCAGCCUAAUGGAAACCAGCAAUAUUCCAUUCUGCUACUGCUCAAACGCUUUCACGUUGAUAGGAGAAGCAAGUAUGACAUCCUCAUGGAAAAAAUCUCCAAUAUCCUUGUGAAUCGGCCCAAUCAGCUAGAAGUCAUGUUAACCCUGAGAGAUGAGCUGGGUCUUUGUGAGAGAACUUUCAAAAAACUCUAUCAGUAUAUGGUAUCAGCUGGUAUAGCCAAAGUGAUUUCUGUUCCUCUUAAAGAACUGCAUCCUGAGGGAGGACCUUGUGUGACAAAGAAAGGAACUGAAGUUAUUGUUCGCUGUCUGAAGUUAAUAAAGGAAUAUGGGAAAAAGUUAGAUGAUGACGAUGACAUCGAUGAAGAGGAAGGUAAAGGGGUCGAAACAAUGGAUGUUGUGUAUGAACGAGACAUGCUUACGCAGGCUUAUGAACUCAUUGAGAGAAGAGGCACCAGAGGGAUUUCACAGACCGAAAUCAGAUUGGCACUGAAUGUUGGGAAACUUGAAGGUCGAAUGUUGUGCCGCCUCCUGGAGAGGUACAAAGUGAUCACGGGCUUCAUGGAAGACGAAGGUCGUCAGCGCACAACUAAAUAUGUCGCCAAGACAUUUGUGGAACAGAGUGAGCUGAGCAAGCAGUUUGAAAAGGAGAAGGCAAGAAACGAGCGGCUGGCAACAACAAGCCUCCUACCGCUUGAUGCUGAUGCAUCGCAACUUACUCCUCAGCAAGCGCCAACUUCUUCAAAGAACUUAGCGGAAGAUCCAUGCAAAAGUGUGGCAAGGGGGUCAUCAGGGGGCUCGCCAGAGUCAAAUCGUGACCAAGAGGAUUCGGCAGCAUUACCAGAAACCACUGUCCAAAAUAAGCAAUCUCCUCAUUUGGAGAAUAAAGAAAAGAUAUGUGCUGGCUCACAGAAAAUGAACAAAGGAAAAAAAUUAUUUAAAAAUGCAUUAUUAAGGAAACUGAAAAAGAAAAAAGGUCUCAAAUCCAAAAUUGGCAAAGCAGGCAAGAAACUAUCUAGUUUACGAAAAACAGGUGUUAGGACUGGCCAUCCCCACCAUACGGGUGAAAAUGUAGGUUUAUCCAAACAAUCGCAACAAAUGGAUGUUCAGCUAAAUGCUGCCCAGCACGAUCCAAGUCUUAACUCUUCUGUGGAGUCUGAAAAUGAUCAAAGUGAAGAGAAUGUUUUAAUUGAAGAGAUCAAGAUUGAAAAAGCAAAGGAGAAAAGUCACGCAAGGAAGAGGAGACCUUGCAAAAAUAUUUGCGUAAAGAAACCACAUGAAACAUUUCGGUUGCUAAAACGACAAAACUUAAUUAUAGAAGCUGUGCGGAAUAUGAAACUGAUUGAAAGCCUGUUUACACUUCAGAAGAUGAUCAUGGAAGAAGAGAAGAAAGACGGCGUGGCCACCAGAUGCUGCAAGAAAUCCAUAGUAAGAAUGGUUCAAAAGCUGGCUCAAGAGGGACUCCUUCGACUCUUCCGCACCACUGUUAUACAGGAUGGCAUUAGCAAAAAGGUGGAGUUUGUUGCUCAUCCGUCUGUGCUUCCCAGUGAUCCACUGGUAAAAAGUGCCAUUGAGCAAGUUCGAUUUAGGAUCUCCAGUUCGUACACAGUACAUCGAAUGAAAUCAUUGCAAGUCCAAGCUCAGAAAGAAAAGCAAAAGCAGGCGAAGGAAAGUAGUUCGGUGACCGCAACGUGUGAAACAGAGCCAGACAAAAAUUCUGACACACCCAGCAAAUGUUCCACCACCAAAACGGACGAGAAAAUGGGUGUCACUCCUCUGAAGAAUUAUCACCCUCUAAUAGUUCCUGGGCUGGGACGUUCACUUGGGUUUCUUCCCAAAAUGCCUCGACUACGCCUCGUCCACAUGUUCCUGUGGUACCUCAUUUAUGGGCACCCUCUGCAAGAGUCUGCAAAAGAUGCGGCCACAUCGAUACCUUCAGCUGGCACACCAAGCAGUGCUGAAAAAGAGGUCUCGUCUUCAGAAGCCCCUGGAGAAGCUGUUGCUUCCACGUCAAGUGACACCACUGAUGCUGUUGUAGAAAAGAAUAUGCCAACUGCUAAUGGAAAGGCAGCUGAGACACCAACUACGUUAGAAAUUAAUGAAGACCGCCAGUGGGAGGAAGAACUAGACCAAUUAUGCAUGAAGGAGACUGUUUACGUGGAUGAAGCAUCGUGGAAGAGAAAUAUUCCUCCUACCCCUAUUCACAGAGAAUUUGGAUAUGGUUGGGCUCUCAUUAGUGACAUACUGCUUUGUAUUCCUCUCUCUAUUUUUGUUCAGAUAGUACAAGUCAGCCACAAGGUUGAAAAUCUAGAAGAUUUUUUAAAUGAUCCUAUCUUGAAGCACACUUUGAUCAGGAGUCUGCCACAGCCUAUGAGGCAGCAGCUUCUUUAUAAGCGGAGAUACAUAUUUUCCUUCUUUGAGAGUCUGCAACGUCUUUGUUACAUGGGAUUAUUACAGUUUGGUCCAACUGAAAAGUUUCAGGAUAAAGAUCAGAUUUUCAUUUAUGUGAAAAAGAAUGCCAUGAUUGUUGAUACUACCAGUUGUGAUCCACACUAUAAUUUGGCCAGAAGCAGCAGGCCAUUUGAAAAUCGAUGCUAUACUCUAAAUAGUAUGCAAGAUGUAGAAAGCUUCUGGUUUGACCUCAUGUGCGUUUGUCUGAAUACGCCACUAGGUGUCAUACGGGUUCCUCGCGCAACUAAAGGAUGCCAGACAGCUGCUGAGGGAGCAGAAGACUCUGUGCUUAACCCAGAGAUAGAUCAGGACGUAACUGCAAAGAACUCCAUGGAGAACAGAUGUUCCCUGCUGGCAUAUGCAACGGGAAGUCGGAAAUUGAUGGAAGACGGGAAACUUCCGGGUGAUGGUCUUGGAGCGGGAGGCCUCGAUUCUAGUUUCUUUGGACAUCUGAAGCGAAACUGGAUCUGGACCAGUUAUAUUAUGAACAAUGCUAAAAAGAGCCUCAACGUGCCUGAGAGCAGCACAAUGCGAUUACAGAGUUUCCUUAACAAGCAUUCUCUUCCUCUUGGAGUUGCAGGAAACAAGUUCAAUAUGUUAGGGAUGCUCAGGUCUGUACAGGGACCCCUUACCAGGGAUAAGGAAGAAAUCCGAAUUGAGAAAGAGAGCAACAUUGGCCGGAACAAGCGAGUAGCUGGUGGAAAAGGGCAGAAACGAAAACGACCUGAGAAGGAGAGUGGGAAGAAAACAAGAAAAAAGAAGAAGAGAGAGGAAGCUCCUCAACAGGGGAAGGCAAAGCGGUUUCGUUUCACGGACGACGCGGAUAAGAGUGCCCUGCGUCGUAUGACCAAACUCCGCGUAACCUGGACUGCGCAGGAAGACAGUCUGCUCAUGCUUUGUCGAGUAGCCAGCCAUGUCCUCAACAAAAAAGUGAAAGGACCUUUUGUUCCUUGGCAAACGGUCAGAGAUGUCUUGCACGAUUAUUUUGAAGAGGCUUUGGAUAAAACCUCUCUUGCUGUGGGCCGUAGAUCUCGCUACAUCCUCAAGAAUCCCCAGACAAUGCUUAAUUACAGAAUUUGUCUUGCUGAAGUCUAUGAAGACCAUGCUUUAAUUGAUGAAAUCAUGAGCAAGAAGGGUAAUUACCAAGACAGUAAGGUUUGUGCAGAAGAGUUCCAAGAAUUUGUCAGAAAACUGAGAGAGAAAUUCAGCUCUACAAUCGGAUCUGGAAAUAUCGAGAUUCCUGAUACACUGCAGGAGUUAUUUGCCAGGUUUAAAGUUUUGGUUGUUGGAGAAGAAGGGAAUGAAGGCCGGAAGCAAGAUAACAUAAAGAGCACUGACGAUAUCCAUUAUUUGGUCCUGCAAAAUUUCAUCCAGAGUACACUGGCUCUAUCAGAUAUACAGAUGAAAUCAUGUCAGUCGUUCCAGACUUUUCACCUUUACAAACAAUACAAGGACGAAAUCCUAGUGAAGGUGUUCCUGGACUUCCAGCAGAGGAGCUUGGUAAACCGCCGCAGGGUCAGUAAAGGUUUGGGUCCAAAGAAGAGCAGAGCUUUGCCCUUUGCAGCAAUGUCAUAUCAGUUGUCGCAGACAUACUACAGGCACUUUGUCUGGCGGUUUCCAAGUAAUAUUUGUUCUGAAUCGUAUAAGUUUGUGCAGAAACUGAAGAGUGCAGGAGCGGCAGAUCUCCCCAACGUCUUUUCAUUCCAGGACAAAGAUGGGUCCACUAAGGCUGAUAUGGUCACCUACCCUCUGGAUGGAAAUGGUGGCUGCUGUGUAGCUACGAUAUCCUUGUUUAUCCUUGGUUUGCUCUCUUUCCACGUCUCAAUCCCUGAGCAGAUUGUGGUUGUGGACAGUAUGCUGGUAGAUAAUGAAGUCAUAAAAAGGUUGGGGAAGGAAAGCAUCGAAGAUGAUGAGGAGGAUGAGCUAGAAGAUGUUGGAAGUAAGCCCAAAUUUGAAGUGAAGGCUCCUCAGGCCUCGCAUACUAAUUACUUGCUAAUGAGAGGGUACUAUGCACCAGGCAUCGUGAGCACACGCAACCUUAAUCCAAACGACAACAUUGUGGUAAACUCCUGUCGGGUGAGGUUAAAAAUCCGUUCAACGCCAGCUGAAGGAAGCUUGAGCACCCAUGAUGAUUUAGCCACUUUGUUUCAGACAGACACAGGACCAGCUGCUCUCCCUCCGUCAUUCACAAAGGUGUUUAAACCCAGCACUUCUGAGUAUGGAGGAGAGAAAGUUCAGAAACACUUUGAAGAGGAGCUCGGGUACAGCCCUGAGGAUCUGGUGGCCGUGCAGGAGAUCUCCCGUGCAGUUGAAGAAUGCUCCAGCUUUGGGAUUGAGAUAACAACAUUAGCUCAGAGAUUUGCUCAGUAUGAAGAGGUCUUGAAUGCUAGGACCAGGACUUUAAGGCAAUACUUACAGGAUUUGAUUGCAUUGGACCAAGUGAUCGAAGUCGGCAGCUCGACGACGCGGUUAGUUGCAGUAACGCAUGCUUACCCAUGGAUGCUUCAUCCAUUUUGUGUUUGGAAGAGUAACGAGAAGUCUGUUUCUCUCCCUGAGAGGGGAUCCAAACCUAGCAGUGAAAUGAGCCGUUCAGAGACUGACACAAAAGACAUUGUGCCGAGUAAUCUCACUGAAGCACAGCAGAUGGGUGUAAGUCGUGAUCUUACUACUACCAUCACAAAGGAAGGUGUUGAGCAGCACAAUUCUGAGUGCACAACUACACAGAAUGAGCCAGUUUGUUCAGGUCAAACAUCUUUUGUGACUGGAAAUAGGAAAAGAACUACUGAAGAAACUGAAGCUGAAGCAACUGACCCCGAGCAUCCUUGUAAGCGAUCUCGGGAAAGUGAACCUUCUGAACUAAGCUUGGAUUCCUCAGAUUUGCAAAAGAGCACAACAGAUGAAGCAAAAACCAGCCUCUCCCAACAUCUGUCGCCCUCUGCCUCCUCACUGGGAAGUAACCCAGAUCAGCAGACUGAUCCAGGGAGGCCAAGCAGCAGACAAGAUCAAGAUGGAGAUGAGAGCUGUGAGGGGUUUAACUCUUCAGGUGAUGUUAAAGGUCUAAACACUUCUUCAGAAAUGACUGCUGAGGAGGAUCAUGGUCAACCAGGCCACCAGUCUGCGACAGAUGACAAAGCGAAGCCCACGUUGAGUGAGGGGCACACUGAAACAAUCCACCCUGAGGAUGGGCAAGUUCUCAAAGGUGAUAAAUCUGCAGUGAAUCCUGAGAAGAGUUUACCACAUGACCAAAAUCCUCAAGUAAGCAGGAGGCAGGACAGACCUGGUCUUCAGAAAGAAGGAGAUAUGGUUAAGGAGGAUGUCAAGAUGGACAGUAUCUUGCAAACCGAAUCAGACAAUGAAUAUGAGAAGAUUAGUUUUUUCUGCCAUCCCUGGAGGAUUGUUGAUGGGAGCCUGAAUAAACCUGUGUGUAAAGGAAUGAUAGAAGCUGUCCUGUACCAUAUAAUGGCAAAACCUGGGAUCACAGAACAGAAACUAUUAAGCUACUACAGUGCUGUACUGCAGCCUGUAAUUGUGAGGGAAUUACUGCGGGGUCUGGAAAGCAUUGGCUGCAUUCAAAAACGUUACUUGACCAAAACCAAACCCGUGUCCUUGUUCUCUGCUCCAACAACUGUUCAUGAGAUGCAGGGGCACAAGUUGUCUGAGAGCUGCACUAUUUUUUAUGAGCCUACCAUAGACUGUGUCAUAAAACUCAGCAAAGUCUUUCCACAUGAAUCAAACUGGAACAAAUGGAUACAGUAAUAUCACAGUUUACUUUUGUCUUCACAUGAAGAAGGCUUCCACAGGAGCUGUGACUGCUCCGGGACCCACUGCUCACAUCACCAUAACUAUUUAUACACCAGUUUGAAGAUCAGUUUAAGGGAAAUAACCAAGGGUUACUGGAAAAUGAAGAAAUAAAUCUUUUUAC